GUUGGUGAGGAGGAGGAGCAACAGUGAAACCGAACGGAAGACGUUUUGAAAGACGGGCGCGGAUUUUCAAAAAAACAAACAGGCUUGUUGUUAGGAAUAAGAUGGAGGCCGAGACCAAGUCACCGGAUGCGUUUAAAACUCCGUGUAAACCGGCGAGGAUGAAGAGUCCGGUGAGCGCAUGUGGGACCCCAGUUACUAUUCCAGCGUCUCCGUUCAUGAAGAAGCUCGGCUGUGGCACUGGUGUGAGCGUCUACCUCAUGAACAGAAACGGAAAACAGACUCAGUCGCCGUGGGCCAUUAAGAAGAUCAGCAGCAAGUGUGCAAAGACUCAGACGAACGUGUACCAGAAGCGGUUGUGCGAAGAAGCAAAGAUCUUAAAGGAACUGCAGCACCCAAAUAUUGUUGGUUUUAGAGCGUUCACCACAGCGAAGGAUGGCUCAAAGUGUUUGGCGAUGGAGUACGGAGGGGAGAAGUCUCUCAAUGAUCUGAUUGAAAAGAGGCGGGAGGAAGGCUUUCAGGCUUUCCCAGUUGCCACUGUUGAAAAAGUGGCUCUUCAUGUAGCUCGUGGUUUGCAGUAUCUGCACAAUGAGAAAAGGCUUCUGCACGGAGACAUGAAAUCCUGCAACAUCGUCAUUAAAGGCGACUUUGAGACCAUCAAAAUCUGCGAUGUCGGCGUUUCCCUUAAGCUGGAUGAAAAUAUGCAAGUGAGCGACCCCAAGGCUCACUACAUCGGCACCGAGCCGUGGAAACCCAAGGAGGCGCUGGAGGACGGACUAAUAACUGACAAAGCUGAUAUCUUCGCAUACGGACUCACCCUGUGGGAGAUGAUGACUCUCUCUGUGCCUCAUCUGGAGAUGCUCGACAGCGAGGGUGACUGCGAUGAUGACGACUCGUUUGAUGAGGACUCGUUUGAUGAGGAAGCCUAUUACGAGAGACUGGGAACCCGUCCUCCACUGGACGCAGCCACUCUGGGUGGUGCCUACCAGAGGAUGGUAGAGCUUUUCUGUCUCUGUACUGAAGAAGAUCCCAACAAAAGACCAUCGGCUGCACACAUCAUUCAGGCUCUGGAGUCCAACAGCCAGCUGGAUGAUAAACGUAGUGAGGUGAUCGUUAUAGAUUAAAGUCAUGAGUAUGAUGGGUUUAUUCUUGUCUUUUUCACUAUUCUGUCUGUCCUUGUUUGUGUUAUUUUUUCCUGUCCUUUGUUUAAACCUCUCUAAAAUUACAUAGAGUUUACUCUACAGCUAUAACCUGCAACUUUACUCUAAUUGUGUUCGUUAUUAAACAGUUUGAAAUUAAAUGUAAUCUGUCCUAGUUCUGAUGUCUUCCAUGAUUUUCAUAUCCAUUUUAAAUUGUGAUAGCAGUUAAAUUUUUUUUGUUUAUUACAUUUCACAUAUUUACACGUCUAGUGUCUUGCAUUCUAGCUCUUGUGCUACUUAUGCAGUGAAUGUUUUAUAAUGAAUAGCUACUGUAAAAACAGACACGUGUACAUUUUCUGUUUCUAUCUACUGAUAGCAGAUUGAUCUUUUUGUAGUUUGUUUUAUUAAAACGACAAAUAUAGCCAAAAUCAAAAAGACAUGCAGGGAGUUGGA